AUGCCUCCCAUCCCCAUAGCAAUGGCCGGCAAAAUCAUCCCCCACGCCCAUGCCUUCUCCAAACUGAUGCUCCCCGAAUACGAAAUCAUCUUCCGCUUCCAAUCCGCCCCCGAAUUCCACUCAUCCUUUCCCUUCCUAAUGAAAGGCACGCCCGUCAACCCUGAAUCUCAAAUCGGCACCAAUACCGACAACCCUAAUCCAAAAAUUCCAGCUGCGAUCUUUGUCGGCGGAGGGUUUAGCGAUGACGAGUUGGAGAGCAUGAGGGCGGUUCCGGAGGCGAAGAUGUUGCCGUGGGUGAGUCCGAGUCAGAGUACGAGGGAGGAGGUGCGGAAGGUGGGGGAUUUGAUGUCGAGGGAGCAGAGGGAAGGGGGGCCGGGGGAGGGGGUUAUGGAGGUCGUGGUGAGGAGGGUUAAGGAGUGUUUGAAGGAGCAUGGGGUAGUGGAGGGCGGGGAGGGGUUGGAAGGGAAGGAUGGGGGAGAGCUGUGGCGGUGUUGA